CGCCCCUUUAGUGGCGAGGUGACUCUAACGCCUCUUCUUCUAUCACUAUAUCUCUCAUUUUCCGUGCAACAAGUUGGCUCAUCCCACACUCUCCUCUCGCAUGCGUAUGCGCAUUACGCAUCGGCACACCCAGGAUAUCGACGCCGCUUGCUAGACUCGAGCCAAGCACUACGUUAUGGACGCUGGAGUAUUCGUCGACGGUGCGCACUCUCUGCUACCCGAUCAUGAAACAGUCGUCUCCUCCGCGCCGUGGCCGCUCAUCCCGCCCGUCCAUCGCCUGCCCGUCGAGCUGCUCUCCGAAAUCUUCAUCGAGCUUAGCGAAGCCCAAGUCGAUCAGUUCGAAUACAAGUCGGAAAUCAGACAUAUCCCUCAUCUCAUGACCAUCACGGUUGGCAGCGUGUGCAGGCGGUGGCGUGCUGUCACGCGAGGCACGACCGCCUUUUGGACAUUCAUCAGCGUCGCGAAGGACACCCGCCACGUCGCCGCGUACAUCGAUGCGUGCACUUCCAGCUCUGGUCAGCAGGAACUCCACCUGUUCUGUGGCUCUGAAGAGUUCCUGUCAAUCUUCUUCUCGCGACUCUUGCCUCACAGCGCGCGAUGGGCCUCUCUGAACAUUCACGGUGGUAAGGCUGUCGACAUGGCCAUGCUAUCUACCGGUCAGUAUUGCUUUGGGGCUCUACAGGUACUCCACCUCUCCUACGUCACUAUGCCUCAGGGGACGUGGGACUUCCUAGCCAGCGCUCCUCGGCUGGAAGAAUUCCGUGUCUACGAAUCAUCUGCCAACAAUGAGAGCGCGAUCAUACCGCCCAUGUCCAAUCUCAGAACGGUGGAAUACCACAUCUUUGAUAUAUAUCACCUCUCCACCAUCUUCGCCGCCGUCGCACACUCUCGCGAGGCACUCGAAUCGCUCUGUAUCGCCUUCCUUUCAUCACCAUCGGAUCUGGAGAUUGGGACGCCGGUCGUCAUGCCCGCGCUCAAGCAACUAGACCUUGAUCAUGCGUGCCAAGUGUUCAUGAAGUCUAUCGUCGCACCCAACCUUGAAGAGCUCGUGAACGGGUAUCCGGACUUCGAAUUGUCUGCACCCGAGCUCGUCUUCGCCAUGAUAUCGCACCCGCAAGCCGAUCCUUACUCUCUGCGCUGCCUCGAACUCAACUCAUUAUACAUCCUCGACGAGGAAGACAGUCAGAUCCUCCUGCGAUGCCUCGCGCGCAUGGUCAAUGUAGAGGUACUGCAUCUAUCGUAUCAUUCUGAUCAAGAUGACGCGCCCCACCUCAGCGACGCGCUGCUCACUGGACUUUCCCUCGCAAAGCAUCACGGUGUUCCGCCUAUCCUGCCAUGCCUGCGUAGGCUGUACUUCAACCUAGAGCCAUUUCUCAGUGACGACGAGCUCGCGCGGCAGCGUCGCCUUCUUGUCGAAGUAGUCCGCUCUCGGGUGACUCCGCAGAUCCUCGGCGGACACGCAUACGCUGCUCUGCGGAGUUUUGCAAGCGACGUGGAGUGUCCUGAACUCGGCCCUAAAUUCAAGCAGUGGCAGACAUUUGGACAUACAUAUUUGGGGGAAUGAGGAGGGUACGCGGACACCGAAGAUUAGCCUUUCAGUUGUGUACAGCCAGUGUCCUUUGUUGCGGCCCAGGUCGAGGGGGUUCUAACCUCAUGUGUACCACUUACGCGAAAGCCCGCGAUAGCCACUCCCUACAAUCUGCUUCGCGCUUGUCGCCCUAGUCAGUAAUGAUAGUCAGGACCUCCCCGGGAC